CGAGGAUAGUCAGUUUAGCUAGCAGCACCAUUUUAGGGAGACGCAUCGUGAAACGCUGUCUCAGGCAUUUUAUAAUUAUUCUGAAAGAGAGCCGCAUUCAAGUAGAGUUUGGUCUACCUUUUUGUUUUUUACAGCGCUUAGUUACGAAGCUAGAGUAUUAUAGGUUAUAUUUAAACAGAAGAAUAUAAGGACACCGCACACGACCACAUCGUGUUGGUUACUAACGUUAACGUUACUAAAGCUAACCCUAGCUGGCUAAGGCUUUUCUCGACCGACGCAACGUUCUUUGAGCCUGCAAGCGAAGUCUGUCAAAAUGAGCGCAGCCUCCUCCCAAAAGGUUGUCCUGAAAAGCACCACCAAAGUGUCCCUAAAUGAGCGCUUCACUAACAUGCUGAAGAACAAGCAGCCCACUGCGGUAAGCAUUCGAGCCACCAUGCAACAGCAGCAUUUGGCCAGUGCCCGUAAUCGCCGGCUGGCCCAGCAGAUGGAGAACCGGCCUUCAGUGCAAGCUGCUCUGAAUCACAAGCAGAGCCUGAAGCAGCGUCUGGGGAAGAGCAACAUCCAGGCCAGGCUGGGUCGGCCUGUCGGGGCUCUGAUGCGUGGAGGAGCUGCUGGAGGCAGAGGAGGAAUGCGGGGGAUGACCAGGGGAGGCCUCCGAGGACGAGCCAGAGGAGGAGCAAUGAGGGGAGCUCUGUCCCUGAGAGGGAAGCGAGUGUCUACAGGUGGACCCAUGCGAGGCCGUGGCUCCGCUGGCCGUCUGACGAUGCGUAGAGGCGGUCGCCACCGUGGAGGAGCGGCUGGCAGAGGGGGAGCUCUGUCCCGAGGAGCCACACGAGGGGGAGUAGCCAGAGGCCGUGGUGGACUGCGCGGGCGUGGUGGUUUUGCCGGUCGAGGUGGUCGCGGCCGUGGGCGGGGCCGAGGUGUUGGCCGACCAACUGUGACCCGUGAACAACUGGACAACCAGCUGGACGCCUACAUGUCAAAGACCAAAGGUCACCUGGAUGCUGAACUGGACGCCUACAUGGCCCAGGCAGACCCGGACAGCAUGGAGUGACGCUGACGGACUCUGAAGCAGAAGCACACGUGGAGUCACUGCAGAACUGAACAGCUGAACUCGCACACAGUGUUGUGCAUUUUACACCAGAUUGAUGUGCUGAGAAAUUAUUGUUAAUAAUUAAGAUGAGAGUGGUGACAGUCCAGGACUCACGGUGUCACCUGAAUGUGCUUCAACCACUUCUCAAUUCUGCAUCAACCUGCGCCUGCAAAACCUUUUAAUUCUGGAGUAACUGUGUGAAGGGACCUUUUAAACAUUAACGAACCCUGCUGUCUGUAGACUUCUAUGGGUUUUGUUUUGGGUUUUUUAAUGAUUUUGUUUUAUAUAUGAGAAACACUUUUUAAAAAAUUGGGACAUGUCUGUAAUGGCUUAGAACUGCUCAAUGACCCAGUGGAUGUUGUGUUAACCUUCUGUUGAAACCAAUUUUGAAUUACACCUUCGUUUUUUUUUUUUUUACUUUUAUUUUGAAUUAGAUUUUAGCGUUGGUGUGCUCAGACCUUUGGGGAUUAAUCCAGUCUUGGGGACUUUUUGUUAAAUAAUGUAAGCAGAGUCUUUAAGCCAAGUAUCCAUUUGUCUUUGUUUUGUAUUUAAAAGAUGUAGUACUCUGAAGUGUUCCACUAUAUCUUCCAUCUGUCAGCAUUCUUCAGUGGAGUGCUAGCAUUCUUAACUCAUACUUGAGCGCAUUUGUAUGACAUUACCUGAAGCAAGUACAAGAGGUUUAAGUUCAAACUUCCCUAAUUGUGUCAGUUGUAUGAAUUUGAAACGCCCUUGAGUAAAAUGUUGACCACAGAUGAAAUGAAGUGAGUUGAAAUGUUGUGUAUCUCAGAGUGAAUGAUUUAAAUAAGCCAGUAAUGGCAAAAUCAAAAAAGAGAGAGAGAGAGAGAAGAUGGCUUCAAUUUGGGGUGAAAAUGAGACAUGAUUCCCAACAUUACUGACUCCUUAAAACCACACAAUGGCUACUUGUGACCCAUCCUCAUCAUCAGUUGCAGAUGGGUGAAGAGUGAUUUUAGUUGUUUUUUUCUGCUGUUGUAUUAAAAAUCAUUUUAGAGGCCUGUAAAGGUUUUUUAACUUGUAGCAUAAAUCUGCUUUCUUAUCUUGAUUUAAAAUUCCAUGCAACUUGGAGAAUCCUGGCCCCCAGGUUGGGAAUCAGUGCCAGCAGAAGUCACCUUGACCAUCUCCCCCCGCUGAUUCAAGUCCGCAAGUCAGGUGAGGCAGAUGAUAAGGCUUGCUGCAAGUGCAGAAUUCCACUCCGGCUUUGGCUGGAAUUCAGACGGUCUGUGUGUGUCACUGACUGAGCGCCUAAAAUAACUAAUAAUAAAGAUUGAAACCAUCAGUCAAAUGUGGGGUUCCAGAGACUAGUUUAGAACAAAAUCAAGUCACCUCCAUUUGUUUUUUGUUGAAUCACGUGGAGGUUUGGGUUCCUUACAUGAUGUUCCUUAUAUAGUUACAACUGCUAGUACUGUUACAGAUAUCUGCUGAGUGAAUGAUGAUAAAGGGGUGAACAAGUAAUCUGUGUAACCUUUUUAAAGUAGGUACUUCAAUGAUGAGUACAUAGGAGAUAGGUUUUAUUUUUGUAUCAUUUUUAAUAGUCUGAUUUCAUUUGCCUCAUUGCAGUGCUCAAGUGUUUUAAUCCUGGUUUAACCAUGGAAAGCACUUUGUAACUUUGUUUUUAAAGUGCUAUAUAAAUAAAGUUUAUUAUUAUUAAAUGUCAACAUCAAAUGCAAGACUGCACCCCACAAACUACAGUGAUAGCAAAACAUGGUGGGUGCUGCUUUUUCUUUAGGCCUGUUUCUUUUUCAAAGAUCUUUGCUAUUUCAGCUGAUAUGCUUACAUGGUCCAUAUUUGUAAAUUCAUUUGUGUUUAAUCAAAUUGCCACACAGCAAAUCUAGGGCCAUGUAAUAUUCCAGCAUAGGAAAACUUUUUAAACAAACACUGGGGUAGUACUCUGGCUGGAGGCAGAAAAGGAAGUUAGUUUUUAUUAUAUCCAUGGGUCGAUGUCUGAUGGCUAUGGUGGCUAUGCUAACAAUUGCUAUGUUAGCUAAGGGUAGCUCUAAUAUUUAGCUUUGGGUACAUCGGCAAGAAUAUAUGAAAUUACUUUAAAGUAAUUUUAGAUUACUAAUGCUAAUAUUAGAGCUAGCAUUAGCUAACAUAGCUAUUGUUAGCCUAGCCAGCCUAGCCACCAUAGCCAGUCUGACUAAUCCAUAACAGAAAUUUAGAGCCAACUAACCAAAUAAUACCUGGAUUAUUUUGGCAUGUUUAGUGUAUUAGUAGAACAUUUACGUCAUAUAAAACUCCAUGUCGCGGGCAUAGGUAUGGCAUAUUAUUUAUUAUUCACCAUAAAUACUUUGAACGAGUAACCGGUUGCUAUCAUCCUGGCAUAAGCCGUUUUCUACCGGCAUACCACUCCUGGUCCAUAUAUACAUACUGUAUAUACAUUGUCAAUAAAGACAGAAAAAAUACACAUUUACGGCACAACUUGAUUUGAUUUGGUGUGACAGUGGCCUACCACUUUCAAGCGGCACCUGCGGUUAGGAAACGGUAUGCAUACCGCUGUAGGGACGGGCAUAAGCCGCUGACUCACUAGUGGCAUACCAUCAGCCACUUUUCGAUCUCGGCGUCACUCUGUUAGGAUUUCCGAGUUGCCUUGAACACAGAAGUGGUUGCCGAAAAGCGGUUUCAACUGACGUAACGCACCCUAUAAAUGAUUUUGCGGCGCUGUUCAGCCUCCUCUUGUUACUGUUAUCUGGCCUGUGGGGUCCGCGAGGGAGCAGCACGCGCAAUGGGCUUGACCUUAUUGCUGAAUGUGAUGGGGAGAAGUAAUCCUACAGUUUGUGCUGCCCCUCUGGGACACAAGGCACUGAGUAAUCUGGGACUUGUGAUAACUUUAAGUUGUAAGAACCUGGAUCUUGUCCACAAAGGCUGCAGAGAACAGUGGAAACACAGCAGAACCCUGACAAUGGAUACACUUACAUUUCAUUAGGCGGAAGAGGGCUAAAUACCGUCCUUGUUAGCACAGUAUGAGCUCUGGUCCUAUCAGGUGGGCCGUAGAGCUCAUACAGUGCAGAGAGCAAUUACUUCCCUUGCAACCCACUGCUGUUACUCUACAGCAGUGUUACUAAUGGGAACUGACAGCUCUUAAAUGUGCUAAGUUAGUGUUUUAAUGGCAGUGAAUUUAAACCGUUGUCUGUGGCAGGUGCUGGAGAAUACCUCAGCCCAGCUGGUGUGAGUGACAGCUGCCUCUCUGAACAACAUGCUGCACUGAUAGUGAAUAUGCUGAUGGUUCUGGAAACACACUCUCACCUUCAUCCUGCAUCUGCCGCCUGCAGGGUUCCUGGCCUUCAGCACUGAUGCAACCACAUGAUGUUUGUGCUGCAGCAAGAGAGAGCCUCCUUAUCCCAGGCUUCAGCAGGGAUUCAACAACAAAGAAUCCUGAAACCAUCCUGGAGACCUUUUUAAAUGAGGAGUUUGGGCAGCCUUUCACUAUGGAUGCAGAGCCAUCGGUGAGCAGCUGAGAACAGCGCUGUCAGCACUUUGAUCCGCUCUCACUGGCUUUGGAAUAAAAUUGUCACUUUUGUCACCUUUUUUAUUUUCAUUUCUUUUUCAUUACAAAUAAAAUAUCAGUAACUCCAUAA